AUGGCGUCCUCCUCGUGUGUUCCUGGUCUUAACCUUCCAUCGGGUUUCAAGUUUCUUCCAACCAACCAAGAACUCUUGGGAUAUUAUCUUCUGAACAAGGUGUGCGGUAAACCGUUUAAGUAUGACUCUAGGGUUAUGAAUAACUUCAAUAUUUACAAAAUGGAACCAUGUGAGCUUUGGAAUAGGUUUGGCGGUCCAAGACUGACACAGGAUGAAGACCUAUUUUUCUUUACUGAAUUGAAGAAGGUGAAUGACAAUGGUUCAAACUUUUGUCGGGUGACAGGUUCUGGCACUUGGAAAGGUGACACUACAGGGGCCAAAGUAUAUGAUUCAGAAGAUAAGACGAAGAUCUUAGGAUCUUGGAAAAGGUUUCAUUACAUGUCCAAUGAACCCAAUGAGAACGGUUCUUGGAUUAUGCUCGAGUACAAGCUUGAUGAUUCUUUGAUUCCUAAAUCUUGUAGUGAUCGUGAUCUUGUGCUGUGCAGGAUUCGAAAAGACCGAAAGAGAAAGAUUAUUGAAGAACAAAUGAAGGACACUCCUCAGUUUUCCCGUAGAAAGGUUCCAAGAGUAGACAAACAUGUAAUCAGACCUGUUUUGAAUAAUAAUACCAAUCAGCCAGCUUAUUUAACUGGAUGCUCAGCUAGUGAGGAGGAGCAACAACGACAACGACAACGACAACAAGAUCCACAAUUUUUGGCUUCUUCUUCUCUGUGUCAAGAGCAGCAGCAACAACUCCUUGACAAUGAGCUAAUGAUCCCUAGUGAUCAUUACAUAUUUAAAAGUGAAGGAGCUUAUGACCCUAUGAAUAUUGUUCAACCCAGCCCUAGUUCCAUCUUCAGCCAAUUGCAAAACAAUCUUGGCGUUCCUUCUUAUUAUCUUGAUCAGCAGCAGCAGGAGCUCUUUGGUAAUGAUCCGAUGGUUUCAAGUCAUCAAGACAACUUUCAAAGUGUUAAUUAUCUCGUGUCUACUACUGAGACUCAAACUUUGAAUAAUGAGAACCCCAUGGAUUCCAGUUUUACUCGAUGGUUAUCUAGUGAUGAAGUAAAGCCUAACAAUACGUGUGAGGGACAACAAACCUCAGCGAGCUUUGAGCAUGAGGACCAACAACUACGACAACAAGAUCAGCAAGUGCUGCCCUCUACUUCUCAUUGUCAUAAGCAAGAGCAGCAGAACAUUAACAAUCAUAUGAUGGUGUCUUCUGCUGAUGAUCAGCCUAAUAUUGCUCAGCCUAACCCAGAUACCCUCAUCAGUCAUCAGCCGAACCACCAUGCCGUUCCCACAGAAAUAGAUGAAAGCCAGAAUAAUCAUUCUCGCACGUUCAGUGAAUUACUAGUGGUUGGCACCGGUAAUGAUCCUUAUACUGCAGUAGGUGAUUCAAUAUACAGUGGAAUGGGACUUUCUGAUAAUGAUGCCCUCACUUUUAGCAGCCUUGAUGACAAUGUCUUCGAUGAUUGGAAUUGA